AUGGCGGACGAACAACUUGAAUUCCCUAUUCAGCCCAAAAUAGGCGCAGGGCUGCGCAUGUUCUUCUACUCGCAGCUGUUCGUCACGCCGCGCUACCCACAGCACUCCUUCAAUGACCAAACCGUCAUCGUCACAGGCUCCAAUGCAGGUCUGGGGCUCGAAGCUGCGCGCCAUUUCUAUCGCCUCAACUGCGCUCGUAUAGUUCUUGCUGUGCGCACUACCAGUAAAGGACAGGCCGCCAAGGAGGAUAUUGUCAAGAGCGUCAAACACCGCACCGACGCGGACGCCAUCGAGAUCUGGCCUCUGGAUCUUUCCAGUACAGCGUCCACGCUCGCCUUCACGGAGCGCGUCAAGACAGAGCUCCCACGCGUUGAUGUUCUUGUUGAGAAUGCGGGAAUCAAUUCCAAAAUCUGGACGCAGUCUGAGGGCUUCGAGCAAGCUGUCCAAGUCAACGUGCUCAACACUUUCCUCCUCGCCCUCUCGCUACUGCCUAAGCUCAACGAGACGAAGACAAAUUUUCCAGACUCGCAGCCGCAUCUAGUCAUCAUCAGCUCCGAAGCACAUCGUCUGACCAAGUUUCCCGAGAUCAAUGCCCCGGAUCUGUACGCCAAGUUGAACGACGAGACGGCCUUUAGCCAGCAACCGAGAUAUCAAGCCACCAAGCUCAUCGAAGUUCUCCUCACGCGCGAAAUAGUCUCCCGGCUCGCGCCCAGCGGCACUUCGACUCCUCCACCCGUUGUCAUCAACAUUGUAAACCCCGGUCUCUGUAAAUCCACACUUGACCGUAGCGGUAACCAGCCUCCCCUAGGCCUUCGUAUCUUACGCGCCAUCCUCGACCGCACAACCGAGGUGGGUUCUCGAACGUUCGUUCUCGCCGCCUGCGCCCCCGCAACUUCCCACGGCGAAUUCCAGAGUGACGGGGCUAAUCAGGGCGUCGAAUCGUGGAUCUAUACCGAUAUUGGACGCAAGGUACAGAAGAAGGUGUACGAACAGACUAUGCGGAUUCUCGAGGCGAGGAAGCCGGGCGCAAACAAGCCAGAAAAGACCGCCCAAGAUGGUCCGUCAAUUGAAGCAUCACGAGAAAAAACUAACGCAAAAAAAACCAGGCUCCUCCGAAAGGUCAACUUCCACACCUACAAAUCCGACAACAACCAUCGCGAACAAUCCAUCCGCGCGCGCUACUACCUACAGGGUACCCUCGACUACCAAAAAUACAACACACUAUGCGGCCAACUACGCAGUCUUGCGCACAAGCUAUCCGCACUUGACCCAGACGACCCUUUUCGCAAAAAGACUGAGUCGGAAAUCCUCGAGAAGCUGUGGUCCAUGGGCAUCUUGAAGAAUAGCCGCGAGCAAGGUGCGGGCUUAUCGGCGGUGGAGCACGAUGUUAGUGUGUCGGCGUUUUGUCGACGGCGGUUGGGAGUGUUGAUGACGAGGAAUGGCAUGGUACCGGAUGUGAAGACGGCUGUUACUCUGAUUGAACAGGGCCAUGUCCGAGUCGGCACAGAGGUAGUCACUGAUGCUGCAUUUUUGGUGACGAGAAGCAUGGAAGAUUUCGUUACCUGGGUCGACUCUAGCAAGAUUAAGCGAUCGAUUAUGAAAUACCGGGAUAACCUUGAUGACUUUGACUUGAUGGUAUGA